AUGGUGACAGCCCCCAAGAUGCUCUUGGGGCUCUUGAAAGGAUAUGACUCCAUUCCCAUCCCAGCCUGUGCCCUUCAGAUGUUCAUCUUUGCAGCUGUCUCAGAUGCCGAAUGUUGUCUCUUGGCAGUCAUGGCCUACGAUCGGUACGUGGCCAUCUGCCGCCCAUUGCACUAUGCAACUGCCAUGCCACAGCAUCUCUGUCAUCUCCUGGUAAUUGCUUCUUAUGCAGCAGGGAUGACCUCAGCAGCCAUCCAUUCCAGCAUGGCCUUCCGCCUGCCCUUCUGCCGUGCGAAUACUUUGGACCAUUUCUUCUGUGAUAUCCCUCUAGUUCUGGCUUUGGCUUGUGCAGACACACAAAUUAACCAGAUCUUACUCUUAGUAGUGUGUGGAACUAUACAGAGCAUCACCCUGUUGACCAUUACAACUUCUUAUGGAAUUAUCCUCUGGACUGUGGGAAGAACAGGAUCAUUUCGUGCUAUGUCCACCUGUGGAUCUCACCUUAUAGUGGUCGGGAUGCUUUAUGGUACUCUUCUUUUCAUGUACCUACGGCCUGAUGAUACCUAUGCUCCACAAACAGACAAGAUAACUUCUGUCUUCUACACAGUAGCCAUACCUACCCUCAACCCUGCCAUAUACAGUCUUCGUAACACUGAGGUCAAGCAGGCAGUCAAGAAGAGGUUCAGCAAGAUAUGUCAUCAAACAUAA